AUGAAAGUCCAUUAUAUUAAUAUAUUAUUGUUUGCUCUUCCAUUAAAUAUAUUGGUAUAUAAUCAAAGGAACCAUUACAUCACACGUACACCAAAAGCAACCACUAGGACAUUAUGCGAAUGUGAAUUAUAUGAACCUGCCAAUUAUGAUAAUGACCCUGAAAUGAAAGAAGUUAUGGAUAAUUUCAAUCGUCAAACACAACAGAGAUUUCAUGAAUAUGACGAAUGUAUGGUCGAAAAACGAAUGCAAUGUAAAGAACAAUGCGAUAAAGAAAUACAAAAAAUUAUUUUAAAAGAUAAAAUGGAAAAAGAAUUAAUGGACAAAUUUGCCACAUUACAAACUGAUAUACAAAAUGAUGCUAUUCCCACAUGUAUUUGCGAGAAAUCAUUAGCAGAUAAAACAGAAAAAUUUUGUCUUAAUUGUGGAGUAAAUGUGGGAGGUGGUAUUACACUGUCUUCAGGAGUAUUAGGAGGAAUUGGUUCAGUUGCUGUAAAUGCCUGGAAAACUACAGAAAUUGCUGCCGCUACGAAAGCUGCUAUAGAUAAGGGUUUAGCUUUAGGUAAAAUUGCUGGUGAUAUUGAAGGUGCGGCUAAAGUUGUUGAAUUAGUAAAAUCAACAUUUAAAAUAGAGGAAUUAGGUGUUAGAACACUGGAGUCAAUUAUUGAUGCAAAUACUUAUACGAAAAGCUCACUCAUUAGUGGAUUUAUUGAAACUGAAUAUUCGAGAUUGGGAUGUGGAAAUAUUUUCACUGGCAUGAAGAAGCCUUUUUGCAAUUCUGUGUAUGAACGAAUUUUUGAUACAUCGGGAGGUAAGGGUGUUUACCCUAUAACGUUUAUAGAAAAAAAAGUAGAAACUAUGGUGUCAGAAGCAGAAAGUGUUGCUGCUGCCAAAUCUGCUAAGGUGGCUGCCGCUGAAAAAGCAGCAAUUUUAGAAACAAGCAAGAAGGCUAUAGAAACUACAAGUUACAACUGGUACACCACAAUUGGUUACUCCAUCACUGCUAUAUUAAUUAUAGUUUUAAUUAUGGUAAUAAUAUAUUUAAUUUUACGUUAUCGACGAAAAAAGAAAAUGAAGAAAAAACUGCAAUAUAUAAAAUUAUUGAAAGAAUAG